AUGCCACUGGUAGAUCCUGUGACGAUGUCGACGCCAUCAAAGGCUGCCUCCGACGCGGGCAAGCCGAAGGACGGGCUGCACCCAGUUUAUGCCCUUCCGAGCCCUGCUGCCCAGGUCGUUCGACAUGUGCAGCCGGUGCUGCUCGCCGGCCUCUUCGUCGCGCAGUUCAAUGCGCUGGUGACCGACCCUGUCCGCACGCUACAAAAUUCUCUACCAGUCGUUGUGGCGAUACAAAUCGUCUACGCAUUCGUUUGUCUACCUGCGGCUGGAUCGCAAACAGUAAAGCCUGGGCGAAAGGCUCGGCCAGGCGAAAAGAAGAAGGUCGAGAGCACAGGGCCGAAUCCUUUUAUCGCUAUCUUUCUCUCCGUCCUGCUCACAGUUCUAAUCACGCCCGCCCUUCACAUCGUCCUUGUUCUCUUCGGAGCCCCUUUCCUCACACAUGUCCCGCAUACCCUCCUCUGUUCCGCCAACAUAGCUGCCCUAGCGCUAUUUCCGCUUUUUUACGUCCACGGUGUCGACGCGAGCACAUGGGUAUCUAUCGCCAGCGCAGCUGCGCCGCUGGACGAGGCCUACGGUGGUCUAGUUGGAGGUCUGCUAGGUUCAUGGCUCGGCGCGGUGCCCAUCCCUCUGGAUUGGGAUCGUGAAUGGCAGAAAUGGCCCGUUACGAUUCUCUGUGGCCUUUACGCGGGCUACAUCUUGGGCAAGACUAUUGGCGGCACACUUGUAUUUGGCAAGAAAAUGGCGGGUUCCCCGAAAGACGACGAAUAA